CCGCUAGUGUUCCCACUGUUCUGUGACUCCACUUCUCUAUCCGGCUGCGAUCGUUAGUUUUCGUCACGAAGCGGACGAGGGAGUGUAGCCUAGUCAUACGGGCAAGUAGGUGGAGAAAAUAAAAUAAUCAACGAUAAGCGACAGACAACACCGUGAGAAAGUGAAAGUGGCACCAGUUGGCAGUCCCAAAGACCGUCGUUUGAUCUGCUUUUCAUAGCUGUCAACUGUUGAGUGAGGUCUCCUCCUAGUUGGUGACGGAUACAGUAGGCGACACGGGGAGACCAGCUUGUAUUGCCCUCGCCAGAUUUCAUAAGAUUAGAUUUCAAAAUAUUGGACGAGUGGUGUGGAGGCCAAGAUGUCAUCGAAGAUGCCAAGCUCUAACAACGUAACUCAGGCCAGAAGGACAGUACAACAGCUAAAGAUAGAGGCCAGUAUUGAGAGGAUCAAGGUAUCCAAGGCCUCAGCGGACCUCAUGCACUACUGUGGCGAACAUGCCAAGUACGACCCUCUGCUCAUGGGCAUCCCUGCUUCAGAGAACCCCUUCAAGGACAAAAAGCCUUGCGCUAUAUUAUAAUGACCCCUUUAUGUAUCUGUUGGCUUUUUAAUGUUCCUGUAUGUCUUUUUUUUCUACUCAUCCACUCAUCAUGCCUUAAAGCCUAUAACCCUUUAAUGAAAAUGUUGUAUUUUAUCACUCACGUUGAACAUACUUACAGACAUAACAUACAGUGCAUUGAUACAGUACAUCGUUCAAAUGUACCUUGGGACACUGACUGUUAAUGUGUGUCUGAUUUAGCUAAAGUGGAUUUAGCCGAUGUUUCCGACCAUCCCUUUAGCAAGUCUGUUUUAAUCGUAUCUUCUGUCAUUUGUAUUAUAAUGACCUAAUUUAAUAUAUUUCAGGCUUUCGAGUCAUGGUUGGGACAUGUGGCUGUAUUGUCUACUUCCCAUUGACUCGUCAUUGACCCGUGCAGCGUUCACGUGCUAGUUGGAACUAGGAAACUCAGACGUGUUUGACUUGCUAACUGGUUGAACAGGGCAUGUAUAUAACUACAACCAUUUAGCAAAUCAAACAUGACAGAGUAACCUAGUUCCGACUAGCAUGUGAACGCAGCUUCAUGCUGUUUAUUAAUAACUUCCUGGUUCAGCAGGAUGGCAUCUGGACUGUCAUUGAGCAAUGGAGGAAGUAGACCCAGGGACAAAUAUUUUCUAAAAUAGACAUCAUCAGAUCCCUCAACCUUCUAUUAAUGUAAAGAGCAUAAGUUUUUGAUUAGUGCUGAGGAUAUUUUAACUCACUGACAAUUUUCAGAUGGGAAACUGCAGUGUACAGCUAAGACAGGUAAUUCACAACCUCAGUAUACAGCACUCCACCCAGCCAUUUAAACCAGGUGUUACAUAACAGAACACUGUGAGCCAAGUCACCUUAACAUAUUUACGAUAGUGAUCAUGUAAUCAAUGUAUAGGUUGGUAUUUUAAAGAGGGGGUUCAGGUACAAGUAUUCUGUUGGGAGAGACCAUAGGAGGUGCACCAGCUUGGCACAUGGGUUGUUAUUAAUGGUGUAAUAAAUUAUUUUCACUCCAACUAUGUGCACUAUACCAUGUAUUUGAGUAGACUGGUCUCAUAGACUAGAAGUAACAUAGUAAACGUACAUCCGGGACACUCAAAUUACACUGAACAAAAAUAUAAAUGCAACAUGUGAAGGGCUGGUCCCAUGUUUCAUGAGCCGAAAAAAAAAUCCCUGAGAUAUUUCCCUACGCCCAAAAAAGGAAUUUCUCUUAAAUUAUGUGCAAAAAAUUGUUUACACCCUUGUUAGUGAGCAUGGAUCCUUUGUCAAGAUAAGCAAUCUACUUGACAGGUGUGGCAUUUCAAGAAGCUCAUUAAACUGCACGAUCAUUACACAGGUGCACCUUGUGCUGGGGACAAUCAAAGGCCACUCUAAAAUGUGCAGUUUGGUCACACAACGCAAUGGCACAAUUCUCAAGUUUUGAGAGAGCAUGCAAUUGACAUGCUGACUGCAGGAAUGUCCACCAGAGCUGUUACCUACCAUAAGCCACCUCCCACAUCCUUUUAGAGAAUUUGGCAGUACGUCCAACCGGUCUCACAACCGGAGACCACUUGUAACCACACCAGCCCAGGACCUCCACAUCUGGUUUCUUCAUCUGCGGGAUCGUCAGAGGAGAAAGGGGGGACUAUUUCUGUCUGUGGGGAAAAAUUAAUUCUGAUUGGCUGGGCCUGGCUCCCCAGUGGGUCGGGCUGACUUCGAAGUGGGUGGGCCUAUGCCCUCUCAGGCCCACCCAUGGCCUCGCCCUUGCCCAGUCAUAUGAAAUCCAUAGAUUAUGGCUUAAUGAAUAUAUUCAUAUUGACUGAUUUGUUUGUAUGAACUGUAACUCAACAAAAUCUAGAAAUUGUUGCAUGUUGCAUUUAUAUUUUAUUUCAUUAUAGUAUAUGACAUGUUACCUUUGGUAUGGUUACAUAAGAUAGAAAGUUAGUUAAGGCAAAAACAAAAGGAAGUUGGUUGGUUGGGAUGGGAUGGGCGUAUAAUGCGAAUAUCUAGCAACACAAAGGUUGCAUGCUUGAAUCUCACCACGGACAAAUUAAGCAUUUUAGCAAUUUGGCAACUACUUACUACUUUUUUAGCUAUUUUACAACUACUUAGACCCUUUUAGCUGGCCCUAACCCUAACCCUUUUAGCUGGCCCUUCCCCUAACCCUAACCCUUUUAGCUGGCCCUUCCCCUAACCCUUUUAGCUGGCACUUCCCCUAACCCUAACCCUUUUAGCUGGCCCUUCCCCUAACCCUAACCUUAACCCUUUUAGCUGGCCCUUCCCCUAACCCUAACCCUUUUAGCUGGCCCUUCCCCUAACCCUAACCCCUUUUAGCUGGCACUUCCCCUAACCCUAACCCUUUUAGUUAGCCCUAACCCUAACCCUUUUAGUUAGCCCUAACCCUAACCCUUUUAGCUGGCCCUUCCCCUAACCCUAACCCUUUUAGCUGGCCCUUCCCCUAACCCUAACCCUUUUAGCUGGCCCUUCCCCUAACCCUAACCCUUUUAGCUGGCCCUUCCCCGAACCCUAACCCUUUUAGCUGGCCCUUCCCCUAACCCUAACCUUAACCCUUUUAGCUGGCCCUUCCCCUAACCCUUUUAGCUGACCCUUCCCCUAACCCUAACCUUAACCCUUUUAGCUGGCCCUUCCCCUUCCCCUAACCCUA